AUGGCUGUAAGCAUAAGAGCAAGUUUACUAUCUUGCACUCUUGUUUCUAUUUUCCUUGUUUCCUCUGCUCAAAGCUGCUCUAACUACACAUUCACAUCCGACAGAGUUUUCUAUUCAUGCAGUGACCUCCCAUAUCUAGAGGCCCAUCUUCACUGGAACUACAAUCCAUCCACCGGAAAAGUUGCAAUUGCAUACAGAGCCAAACAAAAAUCCAAAGGAUGGAUCGCAUGGGGGAUCAACCCAACAGGAAGAGGCAUGGUUGGAUCACAGGCACUUGUUGCUUUUCACAACACUAAUGGGAGUGUGACAGUUUAUCCAACGCCAAUAACAAGUUACAACCCCUCAAUGCAACCAGAAGCUCUCAGCUUUCAGGUUUCCAACAUCACUGCAGAAUAUUCAGAUAAUGAAAUGACCAUCUUUGCUGUUGUGGGUCCACUAAAUAACGGGACCCUUGUCAACCAUGUCUGGCAAGCAGGAAGUUCAGUCUCGGACAAUGUUCCUCAGAUCCAUUCAACAUCACCACCAAAUCUUCAAUCAAUGGGGAUACUGAACUUUCUGUCAGGUUAGCAACAGAUAAACAAGAAGAAAUUAUGACAUGUUAGCAUUGAUGUUAGCUCACUCCAACCACUCAAAUUAUGGUCCCAACUCCCAAGUUGUCGAAAGUGGUACUGUUAGAUAAUCAGUAAGGUUAAGUUUUUCAGUACCAAUAUUACUGUCUUG